AGCGGAGUUACAGGAUUAACAUGGAAGGUAUGUAGACUUCUGUUACUGUAUUUGAUGAUUCACUGGAUCAGCACCAUGACCUUGCUCAAGGCAGCUGGAUACAAUUCAGUUUGAUAUUUUUAUUAUGCACUCCAUAUCUGUGGAAGGUUACCUUAUCUUAUCUCACGCAAUUGACACGGUUCAUGAAUACUACUCCUCAAGCACUCUAAUCUUUUGACCGGCACCACAAGAUGGGUAUGGGGCGCAUAAUAAAGCAGGUAUGUUGAUUAAGGGGCUCUUGAUUCAAAGAACUGAAGCUGUUAUCCCCAUCCAAGGAGCAAACCUGAAAAAUAGACAAAUACGACUAUAUGAAAACUUUUUGGACGACGUUUCGCCCAGGCAGGGGACUUCAUCAAGCGAGAAGAUAAUCCUAAAAGAGAAGGGUAGGUGGGCGAGUCCCCUGUGGAACGUGUAAUUGAAGGGGCGGAGAAAACCUUAGCUGUCUCAUCCCUUUGAGGUGUACUUUUUUUUUUUAGUUCAAUUUACUUCCAUUAAUACCUGAAAGUGGGCGUCAGGUCACACUGGUUGCUAAACGUCUUAGACGCUUCCUGGCUAUAGAGGUUCUGCUAAACUAAGAACCACUGUCAUGACCCCAAAAUGCAGAGGGCUGAUUCAAGGCACUUUCUCCUUUGCACAUCGUCCUCCUUAACGAUCAAUGCUCCUUCAUUUCAAUUCAUCAUAGAGUUGCGGACAUUUCACUGGGCCACGCAGGCGUUGCUCAAGUAUCAUUAGAUUAAUGGUGUAUAAUACCUACAACUAGACGAGUAUGACACAUGUACAACAGUUGGGUAUGAAUUGCCGAAACGUUUUGCCUGCUAUGCAGUUUCUUUCAGUUAUCUUCUCUACUGGUAUACAGUAAAUAUACUGUACAAUUAAAACCUCCACUUCAUUUGUGUCAUUUUCACCAACUGUCUACAUCAUGUCCUUAUCUUUACCAUGCGGUACGUCAGUCAGACGUUCAAUAAACUGGAAGAACUCGUAGAUAUUUAUUAGCAAUUUAAAAUUCAAGUUAAAAUUUCCCUCUAACAUUAGUCCACUACUUACCGGUUAUUAUUAUUAUUAUUAUAAUCAAAAAGAAGCGCUAAGCACUACUUACCGGUGAUUCAUACACCACUGAAGAAAAAGAAAUGAAAUCUAAUAAGGGGCUAUACAGCGCCUGGGAAAUGGAAGGCAAACAGGUUUAAUCAAAGAAAAAGAUCAAGAGCUCUUCAUCAACAUCAAGGAACCCUUUUAAAAAUAGAAAAGAAACCAUAGUGAAUAUACCUAGAAGUAUAUAUUUAUUAGUGAUUGUACACAGGGUUGAUAUUAAGCAAUUUCUUAGAUAUUGAGAAUUCUUGAUUAUUCAGGUACAAAUAAGAAAUCAAGGUUCCUUGUGCAAAUCAUGAUGCAGCUGUCAGCUGGUUAUCAACUCCGACAGGUAAAACAGCGUUCUAAACCAACUAACAAGCUGAAAAUUAAAAACCACGAGUUAUGUUCUUCACUGUUCCCAGGUCCUGAAGUUAGGGUGGGGGGCUCUGGCCACCACUGGGUGCGUGUGGACUGGGGGGACCCUGAUGGGGACCUCAGUAGUGGCGACUCUCCAGGGUCGUCGCAGGGAGGUGACCCCGGUCACGCCACCCCUAUUGAUGUCACCACCCCCAGGGCUGGUGAGGGUGUCAAUGAUUCCUACGAAGACUACCUAGAGUUGGCCUACGCUAAGGAAGUUCAGCCAGACACUUACCUCCAGGACGAAGACGGUCUGGAUGAAGGUCCUAUGGAGGAGGAGAUGGACCGCACUGAGGUCUUCCCUGAGCGUCCCACACAGGUGUACACGGUCCAACUCCUCUCACCCAGAACCGGAUGGACCACCAUCUACAGGGGCAGCGGGCGAAGCUGUGUGGUGGAGGGCCUGGCGCCUGCACAGUUGACCCAGGUUCGAGUUUGCCUGGUCCAAGACCAACUCACCUCUCCCUGGUCUACCCUGACCAUCAAGACCAAAAGUGUGCCGAGCAGCGGGCAAGACCUGGUGGAGGCGGUGCAGGAGGAUAAUGCCUCACUGGUGAGAGAUGUUCUUACAGACCUUCACAAGUUCUCCCAGAUGGAGCGUAUAGACCACGUGGUUGAGGUGGGUCACACGGCCCUGGUGGCGGCGGUGAAGGGUGGGUCACGGGACGCCCUUGCGGUGCUGCUGGAGAGGCGGGCAGCUGUGACUGUCCCUACAGGUGGCCCACACCUCACCCCUCUCGCCCUCGCUGCCUGGCUUGGCCAUUUACAACUGGCACGCAGGCUCCGGGCAGCCGGCGCACUCUGGAACCAGGUGGAUAGGAACGGGUUGACAGCGCUGCACUACGGCGUGGCAGGUCACCAGCUGGAAGUGGUGAAGGUGGCCCUGCAGGAGGGUGCUAAUGUAAGACUGCCCGCAGGAGGGUACUCUGUUCUCAGCCUGGCCGUCGCCGCCGCUCACAGGAGAGCCACCUCAGCCAGGUUGAGUAUGGAGGAGGUGGAGGAGGCGACGAAGAUGGUGGAGGCGCUGGUGGAAGGAGGAGCAGAAGUGAACCAGCGUGACGCUGGAGGGAACACUGCUCUCCACGUUGCCCUAACACUCGGUAUAUCAAUGUUAGCGCGGACACUGGUGAGUCUAGGGAGUGAAGCCCACUUGGUAAAUGGACACGGAUACACGCCUUCUCACCUGGCAUACCUUUCUGGACAUUCUUUGGAUAAGCCUACACCCAGAGACCAGGACAGGCCGCCCAUGGGGAAACUGGAAGCCCUCACCCAUCUUGUGGACGACGAGGAACUUCGAUAAUGCACAAGUGUUAUCGAAGUAGUGAGGCUUGUUAGGUAUCCCCGAAGUCGUAACUUUGAUAUUAUAAUUAUAAUCAUAACGAAGCGCUAAACCCCUAAGGGUCAUACAGCGGUACCUUUAAAAUGUUGCCUGGCUUUUUCCUUCCUCUUGUCGAUUUCAUUAUCGCUCAUAACCCGAGAACGCUUCAUCAAAUCGGCUGCAAUUUUUCAACACUUGUGUACGAUAAUAACAUGUCCUAUAACUAGUAUUGUUGAACCAACAUUCUC